AUAUACAGAAGGGGGCGCAGUUUGCUGCAACUUCACUCCGGGCGGUUAUGGUCGGCCAUCAAGCCGCGGGUUAACGGCGGGGGAGUGGAUACUCGGCCACCGGCUCGCUGGGAGAGAAGCUGCUCCGGAUCAUGGCGGAUGUGAAUGAGGAACCGGAUCAAAUCCGCUUGAAGUCGCUGAAAUAUGAGGGGAGCUUCACGGUGCCGACGGAGGACAAGCUAGGAAGAAGCAGAAGUGUGAAAGAAUUUGUAAAAUUAAAUCGCAUUGGUGAAGGGACCUAUGGUAUUGUGUACCGUGCUCAUGAUACAAAAAGUGAUGAAAUUGUUGCCCUUAAGAAGGUUCGAAUGGAUAAAGAAAGGGAUGGAAUCCCCAUCAGUAGUUUGAGAGAGAUUAAUCUGCUCCUUAAACUGCGGCACCCUAAUAUUGUGGAGCUAAAAGAAGUAGUGGUGGGAAACCACUUAGACAGUAUUUUCCUGGUAAUGGGAUACUGUGAACAGGAUCUUGCGAGUCUUUUGGAAAAUAUGCAGUCACCAUUUUCAGAGGCUCAGGUAAAAUGUAUAAUUCUGCAAUUAUUGAAGGGAUUGCGAUAUCUACAUGAAAACUUUAUUAUUCACAGAGACCUUAAGGUGUCCAACUUGUUAAUGACUGAUAAAGGGUGUGUUAAGAUAGCUGAUUUUGGAUUGGCGCGUGCAUAUGGAGUGCCUCUGAAGCCUAUGACUCCAAAAGUGGUAACUCUAUGGUACAGAGCACCAGAAUUACUAUUGGGAACAAAGACCCAGACGACAGCUAUUGAUAUGUGGGCAGUGGGUUGUAUUCUUGCAGAGCUGCUGGCUCACAAACCUUUGCUUCCGGGGAGCUCUGAAAUCCAUCAGAUCGAUCUGAUCGUUCAGUUAUUAGGGACUCCGAAUGAGAAUAUAUGGCCAGGUUUUUCCAACCUGCCGUUAGUGGGUCAAUACACUCUGAGAAAACAGCCUUACAAUAACCUGAAGCACAAGUUUCCGUGGCUGUCAGAAGCAGGUCUCCGACUUCUCAACUUCCUCUUCAUGUACGAUCCAAAAAAGAGGGCAACUGCGGAGGACAGUCUGGAAAGUUCCUAUUUUAAAGAAAAACCAUUACCAUGUGAACCAGAGCUGAUGCCUACCUUCCCCCAUCAUCGAAACAAGCGGGCAGCUUCUAGCGUGGACAAUCAACAAAAACGUUUAAAAGUGUGAUGUAAGGAACCUACUGCCUAAAGCCGUCUCAGAUUAUUGCUCAAGGGACAAGGAAGAAUGUGCUCUAUUCCAUGCUGAAUGGGGUGAAGUGGCUGUUAUUACAAGCAACCUAGUACAAGGCAAUGCUCUGGUGAAAAUCAGUGUUCAGAGAAGAUGCACUGAAUCAAUCAAAAUGAUGUGACUGUGGGGAAGAAAACACUAGUACAGAACAGAAAUAAAAGAUUUUAAAAAUACUUCAUUGUUGUAUGAAACUAAUCAAUCUUUCAACUUUGCUGUUCUGUUGCCUCAAAGUCCAUAAACUGAACAAUUUGCCAACAUUUUGUUUUACUAUACUGUCAUGAGGUGAGUGAAAACUAUGCUGUAAUUUGUUCCGAAUCCUUUUUUUUGGUUUUAUGUUCUAAUUUUGUCUAAAUGUAACAUUCUGGAAAAAUUAUUUAAAGAUAUUUUGUGUAUGUAAUGUUACAGAAUGCUAUGAUCAGAUCUUCAUAAUAAAUCUGCUAUAUGCUGGAAAAAA